AUGGAUCAAUUCGAGAUGUAUCUGAAGUACCUUCGCAUCUUCAAAUCGGGGAUCAUGCGAUGGGUUUGCAUCACACUCAUCGCCAUCGUUAGUCUCUGGGGUCUUGCCUUUAUGUUUGUCGGAUGGUUCCCAUGCUUUCCUAUACGAGGCGCAUGGCAGCGGAACAUUGGCGCAAAGUGCUAUGGGUUUGGUCUCGGAAACGUUAAUGAGUUCAUCAUGAUCUUCAAGAUCCACUCGUCAUCAAAUAUGGUGCUUGACGUUUUGGUUUUCUUGACGCCAAUGGUCAUCUUCAGGACGCCUACAUUGAAGAUCAAGAACUUGGUGGCGAUGGCGGGUGUGUUCACAUGCGGCGCAAUUGUUGUUGGGAUUUCUAUCUGGCGCCUCUACGUGAUUUCCAACACACAGGCAGCGACAUACCCCUACCUCGACUUCACAUGGUGGUCACCCAUCAUGAUCGUCUUAUCCUGCCUCGAAAUCGAUCUCGCCAUCAUCUGUGCAUCGAUGCCAAUCUUCUGGCCGAUCAUCGAGAAGUCGCUCGCAGCUAUCUUCGUGUCCUACGAAGUCGAUGUCACAGAAGAGCGCGUACAAGACGAGUACGGCCUCGCAUAUGAGCUGGAACACACGAAGAGCGCAGGACAACAAAGCUUGAGGAGUGUCAGUGGAACGUCUAUGGAAGGUUUGACCAUGACAACGGAGGAAGAUACAAAUAGAGUACCCAAGUUCUCAGUUGGACGUGAUCCACUUGAACAGGAUACACGAGCAGUAACAGGCUUCCAGGCCAGCGUUGAGACGAGGCCAAAGCCUAAAUGGGAGAUAUAG